GUUGACAUCAUGGCGUUACUAGUGAAAUCUGGUUUUGAUCUCUACAGUUUUGUAUUCACAAAAUUACCGGAUGAACGAGUUGAAAAUUGGUUUCUAAUGAGUUCGCCCUGGCCCACGGUCGGAUUAAUGUGUUUGUAUUUGUACAUAAUUUUGGAUUACGGCCCGAAAUUUAUGAAGAAUCGCCAGGCGUUCUGCAUUGAUAAAUUACUGGUGGUCUACAAUGCUGUGCAGAUUAUCUGCUGUGCCGCCAUCGCUAUCGAGGGUACGAGGACUGGUCUGAUUAAUUACAAUUUUUUAUGUGAACCGAUGGAUUAUAGUGAGAAAUCUGUUUAUCAGGCGCGGCUUAUGUGGUUUUACUAUAUUUUAAAAAUGAUUGACUUGUUGGACACAAUAUUUUUCAUCCUUCGUAAAAAAGACAACCAAAUAACCUUCCUGCACGUAUAUCACCACUGGGGCAUGUUUGGUCUAUCGUGGCUGUUUGCAAAAUUCCUGCCCGGCGGCACAAUUCUCUAUCUCGUCGUGAUCAAUUGCUUCGUCCAUGUCAUAAUGUAUUCAUACUAUUUGCUCACCGCCUACGACAAGACCUACAAAACGAGCGUCUGGUGGAAGAAGCACAUCACCCAACUGCAGCUUGCGCAGUUUGGUAUUCUUCUCGUGCAGCAUUCGCAAAUAUUAUUGUUUCAACAGGGCUGUAAUUUCCCGAGGUGGAUAUUCUGGUGCCUUAUACCGCAGAACUUGACAAUCUUCUCGCUGUUUGCUGAAUUUUAUUACAAAACUUAUAUCAAGCGAAAGUGAAGUUGAAGGACACAAAAAAUGAAUACAAUACAUGUCUACUCAUAGUUAUUUACAUACAA